AUCCGGGACACACCUGGAGGGGAGACUGGGUCAAGAAGUGAAGCUGGGGCUUGGAGGGGACAGGGCGGGCAGAGUGGGUGAGGCCGGGGAACAGCGGGGAUCGGGUGAGGGCUGGUGAGCUGGAAGACCCGGAGGUGAUAAGUUCUGAGGAGGUUUGAGAAGAAAGGCUGGGCCAGGGAAAGGGAGUUGAGAGGAGGUCCAGGGGUGGAGGUAGACAGCUGAGCCGGGACCCAGGGCCAGGUAGAGCGCAGGCUGGGUUGGGGGCUCAGUAAGCCUUGAGCAGGUGGAGCCGGCUUCUGAGGCUCGUGUCAAGGAGAAGCAGGAUCCGGCUGGGGGGCGAAUCAGGCGAAGGUUGGUCCAAGUUUAGGGUAGCCCGAGGAGAGAGCUCUAAGAGGGGGGGUCCCACAGAGAGGCCGUAGGCCAAGUCAGCGCAGUGCCCCCCAUGGGAGAAGCCCCUUCCUGGGGCCCACGGAGCCAUGCUGUCCCGAAAGGGCAUUAUCCCUGAGGAAUAUGUGCUGACCCGGCUGGCAGAGGACCCUACAGAGCCCAGGUACCGUGCUCGGGAGAGGAGGGCCCGCUUCGUGUCCAAGAAAGGCAACUGCAACGUCGCCCACAAGAACAUUCGAGAGCAGGGCCGCUUCCUGCAGGAUGUGUUCACCACGCUGGUGGACCUCAAGUGGCCCCACACGCUGCUCAUCUUCACCAUGUCCUUCCUGUGCAGCUGGCUGCUGUUCGCCAUGGUCUGGUGGCUCAUCGCCUUCUCCCACGGUGACCUGGCCCCCGGAGAGGGCACCGCUGUGCCCUGCGUCACGAGCAUCCACUCCUUUUCAUCCGCCUUCCUCUUCUCCAUCGAGGUUCAGGUGACCAUUGGUUUCGGUGGGCGCAUGGUGACGGAAGAAUGUCCCCUGGCCAUCCUUAUUCUCAUCGUGCAGAAUAUCGUAGGGCUAAUGAUCAACGCCAUCAUGCUGGGCUGCAUCUUCAUGAAGACAGCCCAGGCCCAUCGGAGGGCAGAAACCCUGAUCUUCAGCAAGCACGCUGUGAUCACCCUGCGCCAUGGCCGCCUCUGCUUCAUGCUUCGCGUGGGGGACCUCCGAAAGAGCAUGAUCAUCAGCGCCACCAUCCACAUGCAGGUGGUGCGCAAGACCACCAGCCCCGAGGGUGAGGUCGUGCCUCUCCACCAGGUGGACAUCCCCAUGGAGAAUGGCGUGGGUGGUAACAGCAUCUUCCUGGUGGCCCCGCUCAUCAUCUACCACGUCAUCGACUCCAACAGCCCUCUCUACGACCUGGCUCCUAGUGACCUGCACCACCACCAAGACCUGGAGAUCAUUGUCAUCCUGGAAGGCGUGGUAGAAACCACAGGCAUUACCACCCAGGCCCGCACCUCCUACCUAGCUGACGAGAUUCUAUGGGGGCAACGCUUCGUGCCCAUUGUGGCCGAGGAGGACGGCCGCUAUUCGGUGGACUACUCCAAAUUUGGUAACACCGUUAAAGUGCCCACACCACUCUGUACAGCUCGCCAGCUUGAUGAGGACCGCAGCCUGCUGGAUGCCCUGACCCUCGCCUCUGCGCGAGGGCCCCUGCGCAAGCGCAGUGUGGCUGUGGCGAAGGCCAAGCCCAAGUUUAGCAUCUCUCCGGAUUCCCUGCCCUGAGUUUGCGGCCCCUCAGGCCCCUACUCACUUAGGUGAGCACAUGGAGAGUCAAGUAUGGUAUGUAGAGUGGAUGGGGUGCCAGCCCCUCGGCCAGGUGAGGGUCUGGUGUGAGACGAGACCCUCCUGGCUCAACCUCCCUGCUGCCGUGUGCCUGGGGUGUUACAAGGCGCUUGUCACCAUGCUAUUUCUGGUCCCAGCAGGAGCCUGUACCGGGUUAUUUUUGUUCCUGCUCCUCCCAGGCCCGGCUCAGGACCGGCUUUCCCCUGUCUCUUUGCCCACUGCUGGGGAGGCUAGAGAAGGUUGAGGGCUCCUAAAGCUAGUCUUGGGCCUUCGUGAUCCCCCCCGCCAAAACAAGCAAGGAAACCGGGGAAAAACAACCCCCGAGUUGGGCGUCUACUGCUGUUUCUGGAGCCACUAAGAAAUACCGGGCCAGCCUCCAGCUCUGUUCAUGCUUUGUCAAAGUGAUAGCUGAAGAAUCCUGCCAGUCAGGGGAGGAGGUCGGUGUUAGAGCCGGGGGGGCCGCACAGACAGGGCGGAUAUGUUUGCUAGGCUCCCCUCCACAGGGCAGACUUGUGCCAGAAGGGGGCAAAGCCGGAGAAAAAUGACGGGGGACACGAGGUGUCCCUGUCCUUCAGCCUCGACUCCAGCCUUCUGCCUCAUUUUGUCUCCACCCUGGGAGGCUGGGAAUUGGGGUGCUGGGCAAACACUGGGGUGCCUGGCUGAGAGGCUGAGAAGGGGCCUGUGCCUGCCAUACAAAACGCACCUCAGGCAAAACUCUGCUCCUGGCUCCCCAUGGGUAGCUGUGAGUCACUUUGUCUGGAGGAUGUUGGUGGGUAGGGAUGGCUUGUCUCAGUUGCUAGAAAAAGAAAUACUGGAAAGUUCAGUGAUGAGGGAAGAGAGGUCCCUGAGGCAGAGGCCCCUGGGUUUGACGUGAGCCUGGAUUCUCAGAGCAGUGCCGUAUGUCCUGGCCCAGAACUCCACUGCCCCCUUGUCAAUAAAGCCUCCCGUCUGUGACCUGAACUCUGGGCUUUUCUUGUGGGGAGGCAGUGGGCAGGAUGCUGGAAAAAACAGGUCACUGCCAGCAUCUGCCACCUGACGUAGCCCUGGCAGGGAGGACAGGCAUUCUGGCUCUUCUCCCCUCACCUCAGGAGGACUCCAUCCUUCCCCCUCAGGUUUUUUCCCCCCACCAACUAACUCUCGGUCUGUCUGGCCAUCUCAGCCAUUUGACCUCCAGCAGACAUCAUAGGCGAGGGCCUGGCCUCCCUCCUGAGACUCUGCUAUAAGGCUGUGGUACCCAUGGGGAGGGGCAGGGAGGUCGUGGGCUCUAACUAGGGUAUUGUUUGGCUCAAAUCCUGGCUCCAGGCGUCCGGCUCUGUGACUCAGUUGUCUCCUCCAUGUUACUAGGCCCUACCUCAUUGAGUUGACUCGGGAGCAGGUGAAAGCACAUGUAACAUGCUUCAGAAGUGCCUGGUCUAUAACAAGUACUCAAUAAAUGUUAACUGUUGUGAUUGCUGCUGAACUCA